UCGGUUUACCGACACCGGAGAAGCGACCAUGCUGUGGAAACUAGUUGAGAAUGUCAAGUAUGAAGAUAUUUACGAGGACCGGCAUGACGGUGUCUCGAGCCACAGCUCGCGCCUGUCCCAGCUGGGCUCGGUAUCACAUGCGGGACCCUACUCCAGCGCGCCGCCGCUGUCUCAUGCGCCAUCCUCGGACUUCCAGCCUCCGUACUUUCCGCCACCGUACCAGCCGCUCGCUCACUACCAGAGCCAGGACCCGUACUCCCACGUCAGCGACCCGUACUCCCUGAACUCGCUGCACCAGAGCCAGCAGAGCGCAUGGGGGGCGCGUCAGCGGCAAGACGCCGCCGGGGAGCGGAUGGAUAGCUCGGCUUUGCUGGCGCAACCUCGAGCCUCGCUGCCUCAGCUGUCCGGGCUGGACCCCCGGCGGGACUACGGUGUGCGGCGGGAUGUGCUGCUUCACUCCGUUCACCCGGGACUGGAGUCCGGGAUGGGCGACGGACUGCUGCAGGGGCUGCACGGUAUGGAGGACAUUCAGACCAUUGACGACACCAACGGAACGAGCAUCCUGGAUCAAUCAGUAAUUAAGAAAGUUCCCAUGCCACACAAGAACAUGGGCUCUCUGAUGCUCGGCAAGGACGGGCUGAUGGGGGGGAUCACCGUGAACAUAAACGAGGUGUUCUGCUCGGUACCGGGCCGCCUGUCGCUGCUCAGCUCCACCUCCAAGUACAAAGUGACCGUAGGGGAGGUGCAGAGGAGACUGUCCCCGCCCGAGUGCCUCAACGCCUCCUUGCUGGGGGGCGUGUUGAGAAGAGCAAAGUCCAAAAACGGUGGUAAAUGUCUGAGAGAAAAACUGGAGAAGAUUGGACUCAAUUUACCUGCUGGAAGACGCAAAGCAGCCAAUGUCACAUUACUAACAUCUCUUGUAGAAGGUGAAGCGGUCCACCUGGCCCGGGAUUUCGGUUACAUCUGCGAGACGGAGUUUCCCACCAAAGCCGUGAGCGAGUACCUGAACCGGCAGCACGCGGACCCCAACGAGCUGCACACGCGGAAAAACAUGCUGCUGGCGACAAAACAGCUGUGUAAGGAGUUCACAGACCUGCUGGCCCAGGAUAGGACUCCCCUGGGCAACUCCAGGCCCAGCCCCAUCCUGGAGCCCGGCAUCCAGAGCUGCCUCUCCCACUUCUCCUUCAUCACGCACGGCUUCGGCUCGCCCGCCAUCUGCGCCGCGCUCACCACCCUCCAGAACUACCUCAACGAGGCUCUCAAAGGACUCGACAAGAUGUUUCUCAACAAUCCUCCCAACAACCGACACGGGGACGGCGGCAACAAGGCCGACAAAGAGGAGAAGCAGCGGAAAUAAAGCUGGGGAGGCGACGACGGAGAGAGAGAGC